AUGCAGCAAAAUACCGUCAACAAGACCGCUCUUCACCCGGGAGGUGUCAUGUAUACCACUGACAACCGUGGAACAGAGGAGCUCCUGUACACCGAGGCUCAUAUCGACUACAACCGCGUGGCCAUUAUUCCCAACCCAUCAGUGGCCACUCUCUACGAAGAUGCCCUCGUCUACGAACAAGGUUCCGCCAUCACCUCCAGUGGUGCCCUGAGCGCCUACUCUGGCAAGAAGACCGGUCGUUCGCCACAGGAUAAGCGGAUUGUCAAGGAGCCUUCGUCAGAAGAGGAUAUUUGGUGGGGACCCGUCAACAAGCCCAUGAGCCCUGAGGUCUGGAAGAUCAACCGCGAGCGUGCUGUCGACUACCUCAACACGAGGAGCCGCAUCUACGUUAUUGACGGUUAUGCCGGCUGGGACGAGAAGUAUCGCAUUCGUGUGCGUGUCGUCUGCGCCCGCGCCUACCAUGCUCUCUUUAUGCGCAACAUGCUCAUCCGCCCUCCUCGCGAGGAGCUGGAGGGCUUCCAGCCCGACUACACCAUCUACAAUGCUGGUUCUUUCCCCGCCAACAAAUUCACCGAGGGUAUGACUUCUGGCACGUCCGUUGCUGUCAACUUUGCCGACAAGGAGAUGGUCAUCCUCGGCACUGAGUACGCUGGUGAGAUGAAGAAGGGCGUAUUCACCGUCCUCUUCUACGAGAUGCCUGUCAAGCACAACGUGCUCACCCUGCACUCCUCCGCCAACGAGGGCGAGAAGGGCGACGUCACCCUCUUCUUCGGCCUGUCGGGCACUGGCAAGACCACCCUGUCUGCCGACCCCCGCCGGAAGCUGAUCGGCGACGAUGAGCACUGCUGGAGCGACGAUGGUGUCUUCAACAUUGAGGGAGGUUGCUACGCCAAGUGCAUUGGCCUGUCGGGCGAGAAGGAGCCAGAUAUCUACAACGCCAUCAAGUACGGCUCCGUCCUGGAGAACGUCGUCUUCGACCCUGACACUCGUGUUGUCGACUACGACGACGCGACCCUGACCGAGAACACGCGAUGCGCCUACCCCAUCGAGUACAUUGAGAACGCCAAGAUCCCGUGCUUGUCGCCCAGCCACCCGAGCAACAUCAUCCUGCUCACCUGCGACGCUCGCGGUGUCCUGCCGCCCAUCUCCAAGCUGAGCCGCGCCCAGAUCAUGUUCCACUUCAUCUCUGGCUACACCUCCAAAAUGGCUGGCACUGAGGACGGAGUCCUUGAGCCCCAGGCUACCUUCUCGUCCUGCUUCGCCCAGCCCUUCCUGGCCCUGCACCCCAUGCGCUACGCCAAGAUGCUGGCGGACAAGAUCGAGCACCACCAGACCAAUGCCUGGCUGCUCAACACCGGCUGGGUUGGUGCCGGUGCCUCCCAGGGCGGUAAGCGCUGCCCGCUCAAGUACACGCGUGCCAUCCUGGACGCUGUGCACUCGGGCGAGCUCGCCAAGGUCGAGUACGAGAACUACGACGUCUUCAACCUGCAGGUCCCCAAGAGCUGCCCUGGCGUUCCCUCUGAGCUGCUCAACCCGGCCAAGGCCUGGACAGCCGGCGCCGACAGCUUCAAGGAGGAGGUUACCAAGCUGGGCAAGCUGUUUGUCGAGAACUUCAAGAAGUUCGAGGCCGAGGCGACUGAGGAGGUCAUCAAGGCUGGCCCCGUAGUCUAG